CUGGCUCCUCGUUUUCCCCUCCUCUCGAUACUUUGAACUAGUCUUUUCCUUUCGCUCUGUGUGCUGACGACGGCGCUUGAAGACCGACCUCAAGGGCAUUCAAGCCGGCGCGUCCGCUUCAAAAGAUUUUACGACUGACUUUGGGGAUUUUUGCCUUCAAGAUCGCCAGCGCAGCAUCUCCUCGUAGAACACUGUUCUUUCUCUUGUGCAAGAUGGCCUUCUCUGUUAUCCUCAAGCUGCUGCCCUGCAUCGGCGGGUCUUCCGCUGCGCCCGAGGAGGAAUCUUCCAUCCGACCGCGACCCCGGCGCCCAUCGAACCCAAUGGUCAUCGAGUACAAGCCCGCGUACGAGCGCGCCUCGCAGGAGCGCGCGGUCCCGCCUCCUUCCUCGACCGAUGGCGAUGCGUCCGGAUCGGAUGACGCCUUGCCCUCGGAGGAGGACGGUCCUCGCGCAGACGAAGGUGACGUAUGCGUACCCGCGCGCAUCGCUGACGCGUUGAAGGUCGAAAAGUCCAAGCACGCCGUCGAGGCCUGGCUCGAGCAGCAGGACGCGCUCCUCAAGGAGCAGCAAGAGCGGUACGUCCACGCGCAGUCGGAUGCUGAAAGUCACACGGUAGGAUCGCAUGCCGGUCACGGCGGCGAUGACGCGACAAGUCCGGACGACGACGCGACCAGCUCGGACGACGACGCGACCAGCUCGGACGACGACGCGACAAGUCCGGACGACGACGCGACCAGCUCGGACGACGAUCAGGCGACGCUGCUCGCCGUACCUCUCGAGCGGCCCGUGCGCCACCGCCUCACGAUCGACUCUCUGCGCGAGGUCGCGCGCUCGGUGCGCGGGUCGACCGCGAUGGCCGCGCGGUCCGUGAACCGCCGCUUCACGGUCGACUCCCUGCGCGGGUCCAGCGCGCCCGAGAUGCAGGGACCAAACGAGAAGGCCGCGCGCGUGCUGGAUAUCUACGGUACCGAGAGCUCGCGGGUUGAUAACGGAAUCGGGAGCUCGCGCGCGCAGAAGAGCAUCGGGCGCUCGCGCGCACACAAGACGUCUUUCUUCGCGCGCAUCUUCCGCCGCAAGGUGAAUGCGCAGGCCGGAGACCGCGAGAAGAAGCGGCGCUCGUUGUUUGACUGUCCCGACUGCGGUGACGAGCUCGUGGAGCACGUCAUGAAAGCGACAGCCGCUCUCGAGGGGCUCGUAGCUCAUAGCCAGAGGAUGGCUACCAUCGAUAUUUAUCGAGUCAACGACCCCGACGUGCUCACGGGCGCCUACCGAGCUUGCCUCGAUCAGCUGACGGCAAGGAUGGAGAUAGAGCAGAGCAUCCUGCGCACCGCACUCUCCCUCUCGCACCAAGUCCUGCGCGACGCCGACGAGCAGAUACGCCCGAACAAGGCUAUGACCGCGCCCUGCAGGCGUCUUCCGCGAUAG